AUGGACGAGAAGGUACCGUUCCUCAGCGCCGACGAGCGCAAAGCAGAAGACUUCGACCUAGAAGGUCUACCCGACAACAACAACACCGACAACAACACCGAAAUUCCAAACAAACAAGAACCAUCGCCACGCUACCGUCUAGUCCUCGUAAUCAUCAGUUGGCUUUCCUUUCUCGCCUUAGUACGCUUCAUCUUCUUCUUCGCCGCUAUCUGGGACUGGAGGGCUUUCUUCGCCUGUUCUCAUCAUGCUCACCAUCACUCCGCACAAUCGCUUCCCGACGUGCGUCCGCCGUCGAUGCCAAUGUGUGACUACUACGCGCUCAAAAACUACAAUUCCAACAACGCAGAAACGCAAAAACUCCUGAUCCAAAAAAUCGUCGAAAAGGCCUUCCUGGGUGCUAAGGAUCCGGAUGCAUAUUUUCAACGUCGGUUCGGAAGGAAGAGUGGGAUGUAUAAUGGUGUCUUCCGACCGGGCGAUAUGUGGGGGACACCCGUCGACCUUACGAAAUACUUCGAUGGUAGCUUGAACUCUACCAACGUGAACGGAAAACCGACUCAAGUGAACUUUUAUACUACGAAGACUUAUACACAGUUCGGAAGGGAAUAUCCGGUCGGAAACGAGCUUUUUACGCAUAUGAUUAAGGGAAUGACUACAUAUAUGGCGCCGAUGCUGGGGUGUUCGGUUUAUGGCAAUACUGUUGAUAGAUACUCGGGUACCAGGAGCCUCAAGGAGAUUCACAAGUACAUGGACCUCGGGAAGGACUUCGAAUGGGCGUAUUUCACUCAUCAGCUCCAGUUGGGUGCCUUGGCCGGUGGCAAGUUCUCCGACAACGACUCCGUCCUUUUCGAGCUUUACCUAGUCGACAAGUUUGGACCGAAGAUUAUCGAUGCAUCCAAGAAGAAGCUUUCCGCUCCCUUCGAAAACCCAGAACUCGAAGCCUCUAUUCUUCCCCCAAAACUUGAUGAAAAUGAACUAUUGAAGAACGUCAAGGCUGCCGGUGAUGUCUUCUUCGGGAAUAUAAAGAAUGCGAAACGUUCGUUCGAAAUGUCUAGCUUCGAAUCUCUCGCGAAAAGACUUCAACAACAGAAUAGCCCUUCGCGUAUUAAACGUCAGAACUUCAACAGCGCCCCACCGCCAUUAACCACACCUGUGCUCGCUCCCUCUCAAACCGGCACCACUGCCCCCACCGCAACCCACGAAUCCUCGCAGUCCGUCCCAUCGAACAUCCUUCCCAUCGCGCUUGGUGCCGGUAUCGGCGCUGGUCUAGGUGUCAUCAUCAUCGGCGCUGUUAUCGCCUACCUCGUUAUUAGGAAGAAGAGGAUCGAGAAGCGAAAGAGCAUGCCGCAACUCAGUCUCAAGCCGGGUUUUGAGAUGCAAAAGAAGGAUUCGGUUAGUCGACGAGUUGACCGAAGUGAGCACGGAAACGUGGUCGGAAAGCCCAAAGAUUAUGAUCAGCGUGUGAUGGAGGAGCAAGAAUUGGAACCUCCGAGGAAAGGACAUAAAAAGAGUGAAUCCGUUGGAGUGAGGAGUGUGAGGUUCAGUCAACAUGAAGGAUGA